AUGCAGUCUAAUGGAAAAAUAAUUGAGAGAAAGAAGGAUCUCUUGAGCAUUGGGGAAAGUGAAGAAAUCAAUUCGGCAGCACAAUCCAAAGCUUCAAGCAUUGUUGAGAUAGAUUUAGCUUACAACUAGUUAAGCAAUGCAGGUGGCUUGGAUGUAUUCCCAAACAUCAAAAUACUAAUAUUGGAUCAUAAUGACUUCACAUCAAUUGUAUCACUCCCAUCUUUGUAAAAACUUGAGACUCUCAGUUUAUCAUAUAAUGCUAUAAGAGAUCAAGAAUCAUUCUUAUUCCAAGUUUCUUAAAAGUUUCCAUCAUUGAGACACUUGAAUGUCAUGAAAAAUCCAAUGAAUCCUAUGUUUGACUCUGAGGAGAAGUAUGAGGUGUUUAGAGCAACAGUAAAAAUUUGGCUUCCAUCUCUGAUUACUCUAGAUGGUACUGAUUUCGCCAGCAAUCAAGAUAUGAUUAAACAAAAACAAAAAGAAAUAGAGUCUAAAAAGUAAAAGGUUGUUCAGCAAGAGUCAAAGAAGCCUUAGAAAACACAAUUAACAAGCAUUCCAGAGGAAAAAGCAGCUAGAGCAGCAGAUAAAAAGAAAGCUGGAAAUGGUGAUGACUUGUUGAAUGACUUGAAGAAAAACGCAGCAGGUGGCAAGGGAAAGGGUACCUUUGAAUUUAACUAAAGAGCCUAUAAGAAAUAUCACUCAUCAAGAAGCUUGCUUGAAAGAAUUUUAAAGAGUCAUUCUGAAGGUAACAGAUUCAUCAGAAACGAUGAUCUCUGA